CAAUUCCAUGCCGGCGGCGGCUAAGCAUCCAAGCGCAGAACACAAGACUUCCAAGGUUGACAUGAAGAUGAUUGCGUCAAAUAAACUUUGUUUUUCCAUCUAGCAUUUAUUCAGAGACAAAUUGACACGGAAAGCUGAGGAACAUUUGAGAGAAAAAUUACUUGUUUGUGACUCAGAUAAGCCCGGGCGCCAUCCCCGACUCGAAUUUUCAAACCUCUGUGCAACCAAGCACGAUCUAUCUGACCGACAUCUUGAGAACACCCUUGAGGUAAAUCUGCAUCGAAUCUUCACGCUCGGCCAGCAGUGGAGGAAAUAGAAGGAGCACAGACCGCAAUCGAGAUGGCCUUCACAAUGCACUCCCACUCGGGGCAAUUCUGCCCCGGCCACGCCAAAGACCAGCUCGAGGAUGUGAUACGGCAUGCCAUUAGCAUCGGUUACAGGACCAUGGCCUUGACAGAGCAUAUGCCACGCACCGGGCUCGAGGACCUGUACCCAGAGGAGCUCGACGACCCGGAGGGCUCUCUGGCAGCGCUGAUGCCCCGCCACGAGGCCUACCUGCUCGAGGCCCAGCGCCUGCGCGCAAAGUACGCAGACCAGAUUCACAUCCUCAUUGGAUUCGAGGGCGAAUUCAUCAGGCCCGAGGUCUACGGGCCCCUUGUCCGUGAGCUGGCCUCCCACCCAGCCAUCGACUACUUCAUGGGCUCACUGCACCACACCUGCGGCGUGCCCAUCGAUUUCGACAAGGACUACUACGGGAGGGCGAGGGACGCUGCAGGCGGGUCCGAAGAGCUGCUGUACGCCAAGUACUACGACGAGCAGCACGCUAUGCUCACAGCGUUGGCGCCGAGGGUCGUGGGGCACUUCGACCUGAUCCGCCUGCUCAGCGAGGAGCCCGGGCGGGACCUGCGGACGGCGUGGGGCGAUAAGGCGCCGGGGCCCGAGGGUACCGUGUGGGACAAGGUGGUGCGCAACCUCCGGGUGGUCAGGAGCUACGGCGGCUGGCUAGAGUGCAACAGCAGUGCCCUGCGGAAGGGCUUGGCCGAGCCGUACCCCGCGAGACCCAUCGCCCAGGAGUGGCUCAAAAUGGGAGGCAGGUUCACCAUGUCGGACGACAGCCACGGAAUCGCACAGGUCGCCACAAACUACCUGCGCGCCCUGGAUUACCUCGAGUCCCUGGGGGUGACCGAGGUGUGGACGCUGCAGAGGGAGCCGCCCUCGGGAAUCCAGGACGGAGAGAGGUCGACGGUGAGGGAGAAGAGCGUCACACUCGCAGAAUUCCGCCAGUGUCUGCUCAGCAGGAUGAAUUAGACCAGAGGGAAAAGACAUGCGCGAAUAGAUUAGACGCCGCGCUCGAGGAGACGAGACGAGCAAAAGAACACUACAGGCUGCGUCGGCGCCGUCCUCACGGCGACUCCGAGCUUGUGCUUCCCAGCGGCAAUAGACUACUCGAUAGAAAAGGGAUCAUACCUACCCAAGCAACCAAGGGACCCUGCGCCACCUGCCUCAUAUCACAUUAGCCCGUCUGACGGUGCCGUGCCCCGCGAC